CGCGGCGUCAGUCUUCCCUCGGAAAGCCCGCGCCUGCAACUUAGAGCUUGGGGGCGCUCCAGCCGUUCCCCUGGAUGUGCAAUGUGGGGGAAAUGUUUUCUGUGAUACCCGAGAGCAUGUGUGGGUUUUCGUAGGCUUUGUUUUUUUUUUUUUUUGUUUUUGUUUUUUUUAGGGGGUCACUGAAAGUGAACUUUUUCUUUAGUUUUACGUUCGAAGAUUGAGUGGAAAAGAAAAGGCGCAGGCAGCGCAGUUUCCGGAGGACAAGGACUGCGUAGAGCAACCAGGAAGCGGCUGGGCUGGGAGUUGUUCCCGGUUCCCGCUGUGCUGUGGAGACUUCUUCACAGGGUCCUUGCGCCGAGGCCAGGCGCCCUUCGCGAGUCCUGCUCAGAGCUAGAACCCCGGCUCCGGCCGGCCGUGCCCGAGCUGACAUGUCUUCCGACUUCGAGGGGUACGAGCAGGACUUCGCAGUGCUCACUGCUGAGAUCACCAGCAAGAUUUCCAGGGUCCCUCGGCUCCCUCCCGAUGAGAAGAAGCAAAUGGUUGCCAAUGUGGAGAAACAGCUUGAAGAGGCCAGAGAACUGCUUGAGCAGAUGGAUUUGGAAGUUCGAGAAAUUCCACCCCAAAGUCGAGGAAUGUACAGCAACAGAAUGAGAAGCUACAAGCAAGAAAUGGGAAAACUGGAAACGGAUUUUAAAAGGUCACGGAUCGCCUACAGUGACGAAGUACGGAAUGAGCUCCUGGGGGAUGCUGGGAAUUCCUCAGAGAACCAGAGGGCACAUCUGCUGGAUAACACGGAGAGGCUGGAAAGGUCAUCUCGGAGUCUAGAGGCUGGAUACCAGAUAGCAGUGGAGACCGAACAAAUCGGCCAAGAGAUGUUGGAAAACCUGAGUCAUGACAGAGAAAAGAUACAGCGGGCACGCGAACGACUCCGGGAAACAGAUGCAAACUUGGGGAAGAGCUCCCGGAUUCUGACGGGGAUGUUGCGAAGAAUCAUCCAGAACCGCAUCCUGCUCGUCAUCCUGGGGAUCGUCGUGGUCAUCACCAUCCUGACGGCCAUCACUUUUUUUGUCAGAGGACACUGAUGUAUCCACUCUCCCUUGAUAAACAGUGAUCUUGGCUUGUUCUCAGUAAUUAAGACAAAAUGGUCACAUGAAUCAUCCUCUCAUGCUGACAGGCCCCGAGUGACCCUCUGUCUCUCCCUUCCCACUGCUGAGCUGAGUGCAGAGAGUGUAAAGACAUUUUCUAUUCUUGUCUACAUGUGGGCUGGUUUCCAUUCUGAGGUUGGUCUCUACCCGAAUUUGUUUUGUUUUUUUAUAGGUAAAGGUGAAUGCUUACUUGCCUUUAGGUAACUUCAUCUGCUGUCCAGAAUAGCUCUGGUAACAUUCCUCCUUGCCUUGUGGUCAUGCCUGGAGUCACGGUUUGAGAGAGGCCAUGAUGACUCAGUCACAGGACCUUCUGUGUGUCACAUUUCUGCGCUGUCCAUAGAUUAAAUGCCAGAAAAAUCAGAGGCCAGAGCCAGUGAGCAGCUUCGGUCAGCGGCGCCCUUUCCCAGCAUAAUGGGUACAGCUCUUCUGCCAGUGAGGAGCAGAUAACUGUCACUUGUGCAGAGAAUUGACUUAGGCCUGGUUUUUUAUUGCACACAUAUGUAUGCGUGUGUACAUUUUGCCCAAGAGUUUUUUGCUGAAGCUGCUCAACACCCACUUUGCCCAACUUCGGUUACUGGCAACAAGAAAUAUUCCCUCCCCUCCCCCCAGAGCCACUCUCCCCAGAAUUCGCUGGCAGUGUGAGCAUUGGCACGUAUUUAAUUGUGACCACAUCUCCCUGACCUGUUUCUGUAUCUCCCCAGUUCUAAUAUGAGCUCAGUCAACAGCAGCCCUCUGGUCUAUACAUAAGGUCUGAGAAGGUUCUUGCACGUCCCUUCCAGUACAGAAAGACAGCAUGAGUCUGUUUGAGAGCCUGAGCAGGGCCUGCUGCUGUGGCUUGUGCAAUGUGGUGAUAAAAAUGGGUGGGUCCACUAGGCAAAAGCAAACAAACAAGCAAACAGAGACCCGACCUGCCCUCCCUCCGUGGGAGGUGGCCACUGGUCUCUUUCAGAGAAUGAAUUGCAGACCGCUGCACAAGAAGCACUUGCGUUUUUAGAAACAACCAUUCAGCAAAGCCUGCCUCUGUUCUCCAUGCCUUCAACCCUCUAGCAUGCUUCGUCAUUUUCUUCCCUUUCUUUUUUGUCUGGGGUAACUGGGAAUUGUGUUCAAAAUUAGUUCAUUUGUGAUCAGGCUUAAAAGUUCCCAAGCUGAGGUCAUUUCCCCUCUAGUCAUGAAACAAAUGUGUUCUUCUUCAGACUGUGUAGGUCCUUACAGGGCUGCACGCACUAUCUUUUUAAUAUAAUUGGCAGCUUUGAAUUCUUGAAAAGCCAACCUGUUCUCUUCAUAAAAAAUGCUAACCACCUGUGCUCACGAAGUUAAGAGCAUGCUAUAGUUGAGCUCCCACUACACACACACACACACACACACACACACACACACACACUCAGAAGAAAACCAUUAUAGAGUAGAGAAGAAAUACAAAAUCCACCAGAGGACUUGUACUCAUGGAAACAGGCAGGGUCUAUAUGUGUUCAGAUGAAUCAUUUAUUAUUGUGUAAAUAAAGGUGUAUUCUCUGUGUCGGAAGGGUGGCGUGCGGUUUGGGCCAAACAAAGUAGGACAGCAGAGGAGACAGGCUGGAAGCCCGCUACCUUUCCUGUCUGCUAAAGGGACCAGCUCAGCAAGAACCUUUUAUCCUCAUAGCUGAAUUCUGGACAUCUUAAAUGUGUCAAAGAAACUGGUGCCGGUGCCGGUGAGGGAGGUCAAGGCCUUGUGGCCUCUGGAAAUCCUGGAUCUUAGUUAGGAGUAUACCUGAGCCUGAGCUCUCUCUCCUACCUUCUUCCAUCCCUACAAGUUCCAUCUUCCCAAGGCCACCUGACAGGCAGGUAGAAGCUGAGCACUGGUUCUUGCUGGCCCCUAAGCAGUUCACGGAAACCUGUGUUCACGCUGAUGCGGUGAAAUGAGAAGCGAGGCAGGCAGGUGCCUGCCACUCAGUCGGUCGGUCGGACGCUCUGCUGGAUGCUAUCGCCAGUGACACUGUCCCAGCUCAGCCAUGGGAGUGGAAAUCUGUGAGCCUGACAGCUCUGUCACAUCCCCUGGAGAGUGGCCACCCAACUCAGGCCAGGCCCGCCGAGGGUGCGAACUGGUCUGAAAGUCCCUUGUCUACCCUCUGGCCUCCUGACAUCAUGGGAAGAACAUGGAGGAGCCCUGGGUCAGGGCGAUACCCUCCCCACCUCCCUGCCCACCAAGGAAGGGAGAAAGUACAUAGCUCUGAAGCAGGUGUCUGUGUGUGGAAGGUUCUAAGUUCUUAUUAUGUAGAUGUCGGUUGUUGAAUAUUUGUGAAGUUGGGAGCCUUUGUUUAAAAGUGUUGGGGGAUUGCUGUGGCGGCACAGGGGGGUGGGGGUGGGGGGGUAGGAAGAGGAGGAAGCCCUCACCAUAUAAAAUUCAUGCAGACUAAACAGUUUCUCUGACAGUAUAAAUAAAGCGGAAGCAACCCUGCUCCAGAAUCAAAAGCAAUUUAAUUAAAGUCUCUUAAGUUGCAAAGAGUUUUAAAUGUUCCGUGUUGCAGGCGAAUGCCUGCAGAUCCGGCGGCCUGACGUCAGCGGGCAGGCCUGGGCUGCGAGGCCAUUUGCUAUUCUGUUUCAGGCAGGCUGGAUUGUCUUAUUUUGGAACCAGCUUGGUGGGGGGUUUGCUUUGCUACUGCUUCUGAGCCCUGAGCUUCAAAGGCUGAAAUUAAUGGUGAACAAAAUUGUGCGGCUCUGGCCAUCCCAUGCGGGGCGAGCCCAUUGAGGGUUAUCAUUAAGUAAAGAAAUAAAGAGGGGAAAAGCCUGCCUGCUCCAAAAACCUCAUCAGAUAAUGACCUCCGUGAUUGGGUUUUCAUUACCAAACAGCAUCCAGAGAUUACCAACUCACGGAAGAAGGGAGGAGGGAGAGAAAGGAAGAGCAGCCACUGUCUCUCUCUCUCCCUCUCCCUCUCUCUCUCUCUUUUGCACAUCUUUUCUUUAAAACUGUCAGAUCAUUUCAGUAUUUCAAAUCCGAGGAAAACAGCCUGCCUGCUGCUGUAUUUGAAGUUGUAAUGGUGUCAAAAAGUCACGACUGACUGACAGCCGUCAGUCCCAGAGGGGCUCAUUAAAUCAUAAAAACUUGACAAGGAAAUAAUUGCACAUGGCCAGCGACUUGGCGCCUGUUUAGACGGUUUUAUUGUCUUUCAUUAUCAGUCCCCGCCAUUACGUUCAUUAACAAAUUGCAUUAAACAACUGUUAAGGGCUAAUGAUUUGUUUAUCGCUUUUUUUAUUAUUAUUAUUUAAACAUUAGCCGUGUCAUGUGGUACCCCAGCAGCCUCUUGCCAUCAUCUGACUGAAUAUUUUUCCACUCCGAGCCCUGGGUACUGUUGGAAUAUGAAAUAGAUUAUUCAUUACUCUACUCUGUGCCACUGAUUUGGUUUCAUGUAGUGUCUUCCACAGAGAAAGAUGAAAACUUGUCAAAAAUAGGUUAUAUCUUAUUCGAAGGGGCAACAAUAGCAGCAGGUACAGGCACACUUUAAUAUUUAAUUAAGGUUGAUGUUAACCCCUUUCAAUGACUUCAGCUCUAAGUUACAUUCAAAUGCGGAAGAGAAAAAUAAUUGUUCUUAAUUUGCAACCUGUUUGGCAGACACUCUUCCAUGGACUUACCGGAAAUUUAGAGGGGAAUUUUUAAAUAAUAAAAUUUCGCAUCAUAAAUA